CUAGUGGCCAUAUUUGUUGUCUCCACGUCACAUUGGUCCGAUCUCGAUGUAAACCCAGUCAGUGGCAUUCAAGUUGGAAAUGUUUUGAACAUUUUCUGCACGGAUCAAUGGAUGCGAGAGACUAUUUGAAGUCCGAUCUGAUUCAGGCUAUUUGCUAAUCGUCGACUGGCACAAGAUGUGUUACAGAAGAAACAAAUCGAUUUUUCAGGGAGCUGUAUUUUUCGCUCUACUGGGUGGCCUUGGCUACACAUUCUACUUGUACAACAUUGUUUCAAUGGACUUAGAGAUCUCGAAAUCGGAAGCGAAUAGGUAUCUCCGGAAACAGGAGUCUUUCUCAUCUCAGCUUCAAGGUAUUUGACAGCAAAAUGGGGAUCUGUAUUUUUGUAGUAUUGUUUUUAAAGUGUUAGUGAUAUUGUUAUCAUCCUCGUUAAGGACAUACUCAGUACCAAACAAUACAAAGGCCGAUCUUAGACUUAUUGGUUUAAAGUGGAUAUCUUCGUUAUUGUUUUGAUUAAUGCAGAAUUGGGGAUUUUUUUGUGUACAGCAGAAGGGGAAAACAAUCUCAUCUGUGUGUGUUCAUUUAGAUUUCCAUACUUUUUGUUAAGUUUUUUGAAUUUAUGCUAAUUUAUUAUGUUGUACCUGUUGGUGAUAUAGUAGAACACCAGUAUUUAAUAUGAUGAGUGUUAAUGCAAUCUGAGCGAAUAUUUAUCGUAAUAUUUGUAUGAUAGAGAGUAGAAACAGUAUCAGUCAAAAGGAAGUAAAUUUAUCUUAAAUAAAACAUCCAGCUUAGUUUAUCUGCACUGUAUGGGAAGCUACCCUGUAUUUAAUUAUUGCGAUUAAUGAAGCAAUCUCAUCUGUGUGUCUUUUAAUUUGUUGCAGUUGUUUAUGAACAUCGAGCUCGGCUGGAAAGAUCCCUUCAAAAGGAGAAGGCAGAUCACAAGAAUACCAAACUAGGUUGGAUCAUAAAUAAGUUGUCAUAGUAGUGUUCUCUAUAUGAGAGACAAUAUUUUCUUUUUCUACGUAGUUUGAUUAUUUUUUGGCAUAUUUAAAAAUUUUGUUGCAAACAUUUGCAUGGAAAGUUGAAUAGUGCCUUUGUAUUUUUCCUUUUUGCAGAGUAUUCUAAAAAGCAAAAGGAGUUUAUUUUGAAUAUAACCAGAUCCAAGGUGAUUUAAAUGAAUUCUAAGUUUAUUGAAUGUGCAAAUUAUGAUUUUAGCCAAUAACUUUGUGAAAUAAAUCACUUUGUUGAUACUAUUGUUUGAUUUCAGCAUGAAAACAUGAACAGGUUCAAUUCUUUAGAGACUUCACACAAUAUGCUAAAGGUUGGUAAAUGAUAACUGCGCAGUAAAUAAGUUGAGCUCGCUUAUUUUUUGUGAACUUCAACUACAAUGUAAUAAUGAAGUGUUAUUGAUUGUCUCCAGUUGUAGUCUCUGCUUAUUUUGACUGUACAUUACUAUUGCUAUUAACUUCUGGGCAACAUCUCAUGGGAACACAUCAACCAAUUGUACCAAUCAGAACUGUUGAGAACCAACCAGUGACAGCAGAGUCUUAUGUUCUAUAAGGAGAUGAAUGAUUAGUCAUCCUCAUCUCUCCUAUAAAAGACUCUGCUGCAGCUAGGAGUUGAAACAUUACAAUCCACAUAGCUAACAACAUAAAAAAAAUUUUUAAAGCAUUCUUUUUGCCCCAGAAGUUAGAUGUUUCUCUGUAUUUUAAUUGUGAUCAAUGUAUCAUAGCUCUCUCUCUGAUUUUCUACACUUAAAAACUUACUAAAAAUCUCUUUGUAAAAAUUAUCAUGAUUAUUUUCCAGGCCCAGAAUAAAGAGCUUGAUACAGAAUAUAGCCGUCUUCAGCAACAAUACUUUCGUCUCAGUUCAGAGCAUAACACUCUUAACAACCAACAAAAAAGGAACUAUCAGUUGUUUAAAGAACAGAAGGCAAAUGAGAUAACAUCACUUGAUGGUAAUGUCACUUGUUCUCUUACUGUGCCCAUUCAGCUAGUAGUGCAAUUUUUUUAAGUGCGUUAGUUUGAUUAUUUGUUUGGCUGAAGAUUGAUCAUGGCCAGCAAUAUUUCUAAUAACACACCAGUCACCCAGCUUUGAUUGUAGAUGUCCCAUCUGACUGCUGGCCCAGUUAGUGUAUGAGUGUGCUUGAAUGACACAAAAAGAUUCAUUUUACACAUAUUUCAAUUGAAAACAUCGCUCUAUGUUCAUUUAUGUUAUUGUCAGUUCUUAUAUCAUUUAUGACGAAGCCUGCAUCAACAUGCCCUUUGUAUUGAAAUUAGAUAUGUGUAAAUUGACAGGUUAGCUCAGCAAAGUAAGUGGAAAAAGAAAAUUACAAAUUUAAUAGAUGUUCAUGUAGGACUAAUGGGUCAAUAUUGUAAUAAUAAUGUUUUGUAAUAUGUAGAGGAAAUCAAAACACUGAAGAAACAGGUUGUGGCAUUAAGAACACAUCUUAAGACAAGAGAAGAGGAACUUGAGCGCUAUAAGGUUUGCACAUUUAUCUUUGUCAGAAAGAAUUGAUAAAACAGUAUAGACUAAGUUGGGUAAUGAAUACGGGUAAUGUCAACUUUGUGACAGUCCUACAAUCUUGUAGACUCCACAAAUGAACUGAUUAUAAAAUGAUGCAUAUUAAAUGAUCAUUAUUUCUUAAUAAAUUAUAUGGCUUACCACUGUUUGGUCUUCAAGCUCUGAAAUUGUUUGAAAAGGAUAUAUCCCAUUUGGUAAUUGGAGAUCAAAGAAAAAACUGUGUAUCUGAAUCUGAUGCAUCAGAUUAAGCAAGGGUACAAUGUAUUUCUUUACAUUUACCAGCUGGUUAAUAUCUUGUUGGCUAUUUCUUGUAGUUGUCCAGCGCUCAGGAAUUGAGACAAAGUGAGCAAUACCAGGAAACAAUUAGCACUCUAGAAGAAGAACUUGCAUCUUACAAGGUAAGUUUCCUACAAGACAGCUGAACUUAAACAAGUAUGAUCAUUAUUCAUCUCAACACCACUGAAACUGGUUUACCCAGCUUAUCUCUCCACAAACUAUGGUGAUGGACCUGAACUCUUCACUGCCAAUUUUUUUAGCUUUACAUGAGCCUUCUCCAGGAAUGUCCGUGGAACAGUUCCAUCAUGGGACAAAAGCUCACCAACCAAAUGCAGUCAGAACCUUUCUUACCUGUGGUUGAAUGCCACUUCACUCAAAAAUCAAAAAGCUAGUGUAUGUAACCACACCAGCUGUAGCUCAAGUUGGUUAGCUUUUAUUUAUUCAUAUAAGUGGACUGCUGGUAGCUAUAGAAUGGAUGUUGAGGUAUUACAUUUUUUUGGUUGUCAGAAAUCACUGGAAAGACUCGAAAAAGCUCAGCAGAGAAGUCAAAAAACUGUUGGUCAGAACAAACUUGAAAAAGAUAAAACAUCAGAUGCUAGACAGCAAGGUAAUGUGAUAGAUAUCUCUAUCACAAUCAUAAUCAGUCAGUAAUAAGCCCUCUCCUGUUUUGAAAAUUUUCAAAGUCCCCCUUUCAUACUGAUUAAUGUGCCUCCCUCUCCUCUCCAGUAUUGGCACCAUUCCUUUCCCCCCCAAAAAAGAAAGGCUGGCAGAAAAACUUACUUUGAAGGCUUCAGAGACAGAUCAUUGGAGUUUUUACUGUUACACUGACAGGAAUAAGUAACAUGAUAAAAGAAAGCUGUCUGUAAGAAAAGCUCAACAAUCUUGAGAACCAUAGAAUUACUAUUAAUGGGAUUAGUAAAGAAAGGAUGGUGAUGCUGAAGGUUAUUUUUUGAUAUUUUAUAGGUAGUGAUCUACAUAACUCUUUUAAAUCUGAAGUAUUAACACAGGGAGACAAAGAAAAAACAGAGGUGGAAAAAGCAAAGUAUGUAGUGUAAUUUACUGUUGUAGAAUCCCAUGAAUAACAAUUGCUGAUGAUGAAUCUUUAAAUGUUCCAGUGGAAAAUUAAUUGUUGUAUUUCCAACAACAAUAAUGUAGCAGUAUAUAAAGACAUUUUUCACCUUCUUACACCAGUUUCCAUUGUUUAAGUCAAACAGGUUCACUUGGAAUGGAGAGCAGACAUGCUGAUGAACACAAAGUCCUGGACCGCCAUCGUCGAGAGACUUCCCUACCAGCCACACAUUCCAGUAAUGACAGUAAUAACAAAAUGAAUGACUCUUCUGAAAGAUGGAUUGUAUUAUUUAGAAAAAGUUUUGUUCUCUAACUCAGUUAGAGUGUGUGGAUUCAUAAUAAUCAUCUUUUCUUCUUUUUGAGCUUGCCCUGUUUACUGCUUCCAUUUGAGGUUACAUCUGUAUGCUGAAUUUUAUUUGUCUUUUAACAAAGGGAUUAGAACUUCUUUAAAUCUGAAGAUGUUUUCUGGGAUCUUAAAACUCUGCUUGAAAGUUUCUCAUUCUUAUUAUCAAAAUCUCAUAAUUGGUUUGCCUGAAGUGACAGAGGAAAACAGCCCCUUGUACUCCUACAGCUUCUGUUGAACAGAGGAAUGUCAAAUAUGUAACUUUGCAAUUAGGAAGAUGGUGUCGGUUAACUGCCUAAAAUAUAUUAUUGUUAAAAAAUAUUAACCUUAAACCCCUAAGAGCAAUUGGUGUCAAUUAAAUUCUUCUUACAAUAUCAACCCUGGAUCCCACAUUAAGCACGCAAAAAUUAAGGAUUUGACCACCAAUUGAAGAACCUCUUGUUAGCACCUUACAAAUUGUAUAGAGAGGAGUAUGGAAAAUAUUGAUACUGAUGUUUGGGUGUAAAGUUUUUUCUUCAUCUUUUUCUUGUUCGUAAAGAUGCUGAUGAGGAGAAAGGACUCACAAGUAAGAAUCAGGAACAGGACAAUAUUCAGUUAGGAAGAAGGGAAGACAGCAGAAGAACUGAAGACUCAUUCAGUGAGAGUGAGCAGGUCCGCCAUGAUGUUCCUUUGAGGGACAGUGAGGAAGACACCAGGAACACAAAUAGAAAACAUGGAGUCCAUGUUGUCUCUGCUACAGAUAAAUCUGUGAAUGGAUGGGAAAGUAUCAUCAAGGUAAACCAGUUUUCUACAAAUAUACUAAUAAUGCAUUAUGAGUGGCAACUCUGUUAUGAUAACGUCCUGUAUUUUUGUAACAUUGAAUUUCCGUGUAACUUUUGAAUCUUUUGACAGGCCGAGCGAGAUAGUCGAAGAGCCAAUCAGGAAGGAAGAGAAGGCAACGAAGAAGGCAUAGAGGAAGAAGGCGAGGAGGAAAAUGUAAGAGAGAGAAAUAGAAGAUCAGUUGAUGAUGCAGACACCUCCCGACUACAGAACAAGAAUGAGCAGAAUUAUGUUCAGAAACAACCUGGCGAGGGAGAGGUGGCAAAUGAACGCAGAGGCGUGGCUCAGCUGGGAGACAAAGAUGGUGAGCAAAACGAACAGGGAUACCAAGAUGACGAUACAAGGAGACGGCGUGCCCAGUAUGGCGAGAAACAGAGCAACAAACGGGGUGAAGAAGAGGCACUGGAAGGAGAUGGUCAGGACAAUGAAUUAUCGCGAAAGAAAAUAAAUGAACAAGUGGCUGGAAUGCAGGAAGACUUUCACGAGGAACAAAUUCAGCAACAAAAUGAGGACUGGGAAGAUCAACGACAACUAAAACAACAAAUUCAACCACAGUUUGAAGGACUCUCUCUUGAACGAAACAAGCAUUAUGAAGCAAGGGAGUUGCCAACACAUAUUGAGUUGACCGCCAUCCCAGCCACCUCACACGACACAGCUCAGGACCAUAGAGAUCGGUCUGAUGGUAUGUACAUUGUUAUUUUUGCUUUCUUUUUUGGUGGUGCUUGAAGCACUACAUGAUAAGGAGUCCCCGCAUUUUUAGUGUUUCAUUAGAUACAAAAUGUGUCUUUGAAUUUGAGUUGAUGUUACUUUGGAAUACAGGAAGACCCGAAUGUAAGACUGACUUUUUUUCAAAUUAGUCCAAAAUAUUCCUACAUUGUGCAUGAUUGAUAUUUUAUAUGGAGUUGUUAAGCUAUUUAGUUCAAUAAACAGGUUCCUCAUUUUCCGAGAAAAAAUGUUUGAUUUUAGAAGAGUGUUACUGCUGUCUCUUCUUUUCAGCAAAUAUGAUUAUGUCGAAAUAUCGACGCUCAUUCCAGGAGUGGCUAGACUAAUUACUAGUCCUUUGCUGACAUACCCCUAGAAUUUGGUCAGUUUUCCUCAACAGUUUCCUGGUUCCUAUAUAUAUAUAUAUAUAUAUAUAUAUAUAUAUAUAUAGAUAGAUAGAUACUCCUGGCAUGGGUGGAGAGAGGUAGUACCUAUUUAUACUCCUGGCAUAGAUGGAGAGAGGCAAUGUGAAAAUUGUAUCUUUUGCCUAAAAAACAUCACAGUGGCACAGGCAGGACUCGUGCUUGGACCUGUCGCACUGUUCAUCGAGCGCUUCAAUUGUGGUUUGUGGAGAUGUAUAUUAGACGAGGAAUUCUGAAGUAGCUUAAAUUGCGGGUUAUUUGUAAGCACAGUAAAGGAAUGUUACAGUUGUUAGUCAGUCUGAAAAGUAUCUUGUUUCUAUAGCUGAAAAUGAUGACGAAGAUGCCAAUACUGAACAAGACACAGAGGAAGAUCCUGAUGAUGUUGAAGAAGUUCAAGAGAACGACAACAUAGAAUCAUUCAAGCAACAACAACAACAACAACAACACCAACAACCACUAAAACACGACACACAGCGGAUUAAACCAAUCCAGGGUCAGCAAGAGUUACACCACAAGGAGAGGACCUUUAACAGAGCGUUAAAACAUGCUGACGAUAACAAUAAUAAUGAACAAAGCCAACAAGCGUAGUUAAAUAUUAAUUUCUCCUACCUGUGACCACACCUCUUAAUAGCAAUGUGGCAAAUACUUUAGUAAUGAGAGAAGGAAAAGGGGAUGCGGUAUCUCUGUUCUCUCGUUCCCUUCUUUUUUGCUACCAUCUUAUGAGUCCUCGGUGUUCACUGAUUGAUUCUCCCAACCCUUCUCUACAGUUUCUCUAUCAAAUUUAUUCUUGAAUUUGGAAUUCGAACAUCAAAGUGAACACGCGCUGUUCCUCAUGGAGGAACAUAUAGCAUGUCGUUUAAGUUUGGUGUUGUAUAUGACCGUUCGUCAAGUCACGCUCGUGCAGUGACGUUAAUUCAGAAGCUCACUGAGCUUUUGCGAAUAUUUUGCUGAAAGUUGCUUAAAGUGUGUACAGCAGCCCAGAAAUUUGAAGAAGAGAAUACUUUGCCUUAUUUUAUUGGUCGAUUCGGUUCGCUUAGUUAUGAUCUGGGACAAAUUAAUUUAUUUAGUAAAUGGAGCAUUAAGUUAAGAUAACGAAGGGGGUGAAGGUCAAAAUAUCGUUAUGUGCGACUCUCUUCUCCGUAGAAAAGUAAAGAAAGUGUUCUAUAAGUACUACUGUAUUGGUAUCCGUUUAAAAUUCAUGCCACUGCAAAGCUUAUUUAUUGCUUUUUCCAAUGUAAUUCGGCGGUUGAUUCAUAUGUUUACAGAUUUCACUGCUUACAUAAAGUUCUAAGACCGCAUUUAAGGGAUCUACUGAAUGACAUCUCUAGUGUUUUUUGCUAUCAAGUUCAGUACUAUUGAGGAACCACAAGAUGUUUUUCCGUCAUGACACCACCUCUACCUUAUGUUAUCAGUUGGGCUCCGUGCUUCUAUUGCCAUGAAUUAUCUCUUCAAGACGUUCUUGACAUAUCAGUAGUAUAAAGUAAAAAUAGGCCGAAAAAAGAAAAAGGAUUAAAAAGAGAAGAAUGGCAAAGAAUGGAGAAUAUUAACGCAAAACUUUAGGAUAAAUUUUUCAAAAACGUUACGUGGCUCCUUUGUUUCUAAUAUGCUUUUGGAUAAGAAAAAAAGCCAACAUAUCUUUCACGCUCUGAUCUAACAAAAAACUAACGCGUAUUGUAUUGGUAAACUCCAAGCUGUUUUGCAAGAGCAUUAAGCCGCCCAUUCUAUCGGUUUGCCGCCGUUUUUACAGAGAGUUUGGAAGAUCGCUUAAGGGUUUGUAAUUUAAGUAAUGUGGGUUCAUUCCCAGUAUUUAAGUAGACGCGGUGAGGGUUACUGCACUGGUAAACCGAUAGAACUGGGGUCUGUUGGAUAUCAAUUCUCAAGGGGUUUCCAUAUUUUGUGCAGUUUGUACGUGUAAAUGAUUAAGAAUUCACAGUACACAAUCUAGACGGUUAAAGAGGUAAUAGUUUUCGAUUCAUAUCAAAAUUAAUCAUAUGCUUUGUAGGUUUAAACGUCAGGAAAAUCUGCAGUACCGUGAAUAAUAAAGAGGGUUACCAUUUUAAUUGAAGGAUUACCUAAUUUACAAUUUUUCAAUACAAUCGAGAAAGGUAAAGCUUCACAUGAUAUCUUCCUGUCUUGUCGGUUGCGAUGUCUUCUUUAACGUGCACAUCAAAUUGCAG